CAAUUGCAUCACUCACACCACGUUCUAUACAUAGCUGGCGACGCGCGCCUACUGAGUUUCAGAAUCUCUGAGGACGAUAGCCGCCUGCCAACCAGACCCACUCAGCACGCUGCAUACGACCGCUCCACCCAAACGACUAGUGGGACUCUGUUGACACUCAGUGGCAUAAAAGGACAGUGUGCGAAUUCUGAACUCAUCCAGAAACCUGUCCUACACAUUUUGAAAUACCCCCUAUUCGGUCCACAGAAGAUAUACAAAUCGCAGUCAUGGCGAAUUUCGUCGCCAAGAUUGCUGCGAAGAAGAUGCUUGCUGGCGAGCUGAGCAAGUACAAGAGCAAGGCGCCAGGUGGCGAAUAUGACCCAUAUUAUGAUACCAUUCCGCAUCCCAGAAAGCCCAACAAGACGAAGAAGGUCAAGAAGCAAAUCCCCGCCUACAUCCCUCCUCGCGAUGCCGAAGUCCUAGCCCGUGCUCGCAAACGAGCCUAUCGCCUUGACUACUGCCUGUUCAACCUCUUCGGUGUCCGCUUCGGGUGGUCGUCGGUCAUCGGACUGGUUCCGGUGGCUGGUGAUGCACUCGACUUUGGACUGGCUGUUCGGCAUGUGUACAAGAUGUCGGAGUGCACAGGGGGCCUUACGUUAAAAAUGUUGUCCCUCAUGAUGCUCAAUGUCCUGGUCGAUUUCCUAUUCGGUUUGAUUCCAUUCGUGGGCGACUUGGCGGAUGCCAACUUCAAAUGCAACGCGAAGAAUGUGAGGAUCCUCGAGGAACAUCUUGAUAAACUAUACAAACCGAAGGAACUCGUGGAUAAGGAUAAGGAAUACUUCAAAAGCAUCAAGAAGAAGCCAAGGCCUGCAACGGUGUAUGAGGAUUUCUCCGACGAGGAGGACGAAAGGAGAAAUGACACUUCUUUCGAGAGUUCUGGGAACGUACAGCAGCCGGAACAAGCAUUUUCUGGACGGAGGGAAAGGUUGCGAGAUGAGGAGAUGGGGCUGUCGCGGAACAAAGAUACUCGGUAAAUGGCGGAGGCACACCUUCUUUUGAUUCCUUGACUUCUGUUUGAUCUUCGAUGGUGUUGGCUCGGAUACGAUAACUUGACAGAAUCAUAUUAGCGUUGAUCUGCAAAGUCUACUAUUAGGAUAACUCUCCGUGUCAUCGUAAUCUCUUUUGAGCGCUGCGCGUACUGUUCGAGAGCGUCCUCUUCCAAAUAUCAUAAUAGAACAUGGUUAGCAUUGUCUCUUCUCCUGAAUCAAGCUUCUCCAGAGC